CUCUUCGAGCCCUGAGAGCAUUCCCGGAGGCACCAAGCCCCCCACCAACGUGCUCCAGCCCACCAAGGCUGACCCCCAGGACGGGAAGAAGAGCUCCCAGGCGGUGCUCCUGAUCCAGGGAGACCCUUACCAAGCUCCAGAGCGCGUCGCCCGUCUUCACGGUGAACUGGAACGUUACCGGGCCAAGGUGGACUCCCUGGAGCAGCCCUCAGAGAGCGAGGGGGGGCUGUCGGUGCUGGACGCCCGCUGGAGAGAGCUCCAGGACCAGCAGGAGAAGGACGCGCGCCAACGCUCCAUCGCCAUCGCCCGCUGCUACACCAUGAAGAACCGUCACCAGGAUGUGAUGCCCUACGACCUGAACCGCGUAUUGCUGCAGUCGGGGAAGGACGACUACAUCAACGCCAGCCUGGUGGAGGACCUGUCUCCGUACUGCCCGCGCCUCAUCGCCACGCAGGCCCCGCUCAGCGGCACCGCGGCAGACUUCUGGCUGAUGGUGUACGAGCAGAAGGUGUCCCUGAUCGUCAUGCUGGUCUCAGAGCAGGAGCUGGAAAAGGGGAAGGUCGUGCGAUACUUCCCCACGGAGCGGGGCCAGCAGGUCGCUCAGGGGCCGAUCACGCUCAGCCUCACCACGCAGAAGAUGGCUCCGACUCACGUGGAGCGCAUGAUCAGCCUGCAGUACCGCGACCAGAGCCUGAAGCGCACCGUGGUCCAUCUGCAGUUCACCUCCUGGCCCGAGCUGGGUCUUCCUGAAAGCAAGAGCAACCUGCUGCGCUUCAUCCAGGACGUCCACGGACACUACCUGCACCAGAGGCCCCUACACACACCUGUUGUGGUGCACUGCAGGUGA